CAGAGUCAAGUGGUGCCCGUCGGUUGUCAGCCACUGUGGCCACAACACAAGGCGGACUUGGUUGCCAACAUCGUUAGCUUGGCCAGUCGCCGUGCCGCGCAGUUGGUCAGUUCCAAUCGAAACGGCUUAUUGAGCAGACGCGCGCGUUCCCUCCAAGUCACAGCAGACUCAACGCACAGGUCUUCUAAUUUAGGAAUAUCCACGGUCUCUGAAUAGCCCAAAAGAACCUAUUUUUAAACCACUCGCAAAGCCUUGACUGCUAAUGAGAAUCAAAAUGCGCGCCUGUGGACCCAGUCUAAUCAAAUAUAUUUUAUUUGCCUUCAAUGUGCUCUUUGCGCUUUCGGGCUUGGGCAUUCUGGUGGCCGGCGCCAUCGUUCUGGCCGAUGUCAAUGAGUUCAAUCACUUCGUGGAGGGACGCGUGAUGGCUCCUCCCAUCGUGCUGAUCGUGACAGGGCUGAUCAUAUUUCUGAUUGCCUCGCUGGGCUGCUUUGGCGCCAUCAAGGAGUCGCCCACGCUGCUGCUAACGUAUGCCGUGCUGCUGGCCAUCAUCUUCAUCAUUGAGCUGGCCGUGGGCAUUGCGGCGAGCGUGUUCAAGAAGGACCUGGAGGGCAUGCUGAAGAACUCGCUGCAGGAGUCCAUCAAGCGCUCCAACCACGAGGACACCAUCGCCUGGGACAAUGUGCAGCGCAAGCUGAUGUGCUGCGGCGUCGACACGCCCGCCGACUGGCGUGCCCUGAGCCUGAACAAGACCCUGCCGGCCAGCUGCUGCCAGCCGCAGUUCAUCGACGCCGCCGUGGGACACUGCACCGAGUCGCCGGCCCUGGGCAAGGACAAGUACUACCAGGAGGGCUGCGUCGGCAAGCUGAAGGAGCGCAUCGACAAGAAUGCGGUCAUCCUGAUUGGCGUCGGCAUUGGCAUCGCCUUCAUACAAAUCCUGGGCAUCGUGCUCGCCUGCUACCUGGCGACUGUCAUACGGCACACGCGCCAAUCGAACUAA